AUGUUGUAUCGCCCGCGACUAUCGAAUGGCAAGUACAUUUCACUCUCUUGGCCGAUAGCUGCCUAUCGCUUGUUGAACAAUAUUUGUUGGCCACUUCGUGAUGACGCAAAUCUGCUGGAAUGGCUAUUCGACCGCUUCUGUUGGGUGCUGUGCUUCAUCAUAUUCAUACAACACAACGAUGCCGAGCUGCGUUACAUGAUUGUUAAUAAAAAUAAUUUGGAUCUAAUGCUAAUAUGUGGGCCGACUUAUCUGAUUUUGAUUGAGAUACAUAUUCGUGCGUUUCAGUUGGGCUUAAAUAAGGAAGGAUUCAAGCGUUUCCUACAAAGAUUUUAUGCUGAAAUCUACAUAGACAAGCCUACUCAUCCCAAACACCAUGCGAAAAUACAGCAACGUUUGCGUCCCAUCUGGUUUUAUUCCGCUUUAUAUUUUACCACUUUGUUUUCCUAUGUUAUCAUACCGUUAACAAAUUUUUUGAAUGAUAUCAAGGCGCCACUUUACAAAAUGUAUUAUCCUUUCGACAUCACACCCUAUCCUAUAUAUAUCGCCGUUAUACUUUCGAAUAUUUGGGUUGGCUACACUGUGAUCUCAAUGAUUGUUGGUGAGGAUAAUAUAAUCUCCGAAGUGCUGCUACAUUUAAAUGGACGUUUCGUGUUGUUACAACAAAAAUUGCAAGAAGAUACAGAGCGUUUGCUGCACGAGGCGGAUGGUAAAAAUAUUGCCGACGAGCUUAGUCGCCAUAUUGUUGAGGCUACGCGCGAGAAUGUGCGCUUGUAUAAAUUCUGUGAAGAUUUGGAGCGUGAAUUCUCAUUUCGUAUUUUCAUCAAUUUAUCCUUUAGUGCUGCGCUGUUAUGUGUGUUGGGCUUCAAGGUGUUUACGAAUCCGAUGGGCAGUUUUGGUUUCAUAUUAUGGAUCUGUGCAAAAAUAUUGGAAAUGUUAUUGAUUGGCCAGUUGGGUUCAACGUUGAUUGCUACGACUAAUCAAAUAAGUUCCGCUUUUUACGAAUCCAAUUGGGAGCGGGUCAUACAAAAGUCCACCGAUUCGUAUGCAAAUGUGCGUCUCAUGAAGUUGCUGCUUUUGGCAAUUGGCACCAGCCAGAAACCAUUUGUUUUGACUGGUUUCAAAUAUUUUAGUGUUUCUUUGACGGCUGUAUUGAAGAUAUUACAAGGAGCUGGUUCAUAUUUCACGUUUUUGACUUCAAUGCGUUAA